AUGUCUGAAUCUCUGAAGGAGAAUCUCAAGAACAGUCUGAGCUGCAGCAUCUGCCUUGAACUGUUCACCAACCCUUUAACUCUUUCUUGUGGACACACUUUCUGCCAGACAUGUAUCCAUGGGCACUGGGACUCCCUGCAACCUCAGCAGGAUAUCUUCUGUCCCGAGUGCAGGGUAGUCUUCCCCCAGCGACCAGAGCCCCAAAAAAACGUCAGUCUGCAUAAUGUUCUGGAGGAUCUGAAAAAACUGGAGAUCAAGAAGGUUCUGUUGGUGCCGAUGCUCACAGAAAGUGGACCUAAGGGAGCUAGGACCGUAUGUCAGGAGCAUAAUCAAGAAUUAACUUUUUAUUGCCUCACAGAGAAACGGUGCAUAUGCUGCAAGUGCUUGGCGAAAAGCUGCCGGGGUCACAACUUUGAGGAUCUCGAGGAGCAAAGUGAGAAAGAGAAGAAAAAGCUUUCACGUGACUUUGAAGCCAACGGCCACAAGAAAGAGAACGUAGAAAAAGAGCUUGACGAAUGGAAGGGUAAAAGUCAGAAUAUCAAGGACUUCCACGAUACCCUGGUUUCCAGAAUGGUGACCAAGUUUGACCAAGUGCGGAAAACGUUGGAGGAAUGUCAGACGCUGGUUGUAGAGUCUGUAAGGUGUAAAGAGAAAGCAGCAUUGGCGCAGGUUUCCGACCAUCUUCAGCUUCUGCAGCAACAUCUUCAGGACCUAAACAAAUAUCACGUGGAGGCAGAACAGCUACUGGAUGCCUGCACUAGCGAUGCCGAACUUCUAGAGGGUCUUCUACUUCUUGCCCCAGUUGGAUGUGCUCCUAUACCACCAGAUGUUCAGCUCUGCGAAACAGUACAAAUGGAUGCAGUCACUAGAGUUCUGCCUGAAGUCACGCGACUACUUCAAGAGGAACUGCCCAAUGCACUCCACCCUGUAGCGGCACAACCAGAGAUCUCAGGAAAACGUUCCAGUUUUGGAAUAACAGAACCAUGUUGUCCAACACAGACUUCAAGAUCAUUUCCUGUUAAACUAAAGACAGAACUAAUUCCUGAUCCCACUACCAUGAGCUCCAUCAGAGCCCAACUUUAUCAAGAUUACAGAAACCUGAUGUUUGACCCAGAGACAGCCAACAGAUACAUUGAGAUAUCACAUGAGAACUGUAAAGCCACUCACAAGACAAGCUUAAGACGUAAUAUUGUUCCUGAAUCCCCCAAGAGAUUUAAAACCUGGCAGGUGAUGUGCAUGGAAGGAUUCUUGGAGGGAAGCCAUUACUGGGAAGUGGAGAUAUCUACCUUUUUUGCGCAGAUAGGAGUAGCCUAUGGUUCCUUAAAACGUACCAAAGAAAUAGAAAAUGGUAUUGGUAGGAACAGCCAUUCAUGGAGUCUGGAGUUGCGGAGCAUGAGCCAGUCUGUCUGGCACAAUAACAAGGACAUUUUACUGAAGGCACCAGUGUACAAUAGGAUCGGUGUUCAUUUGGACUGUGGAGCUGGAAGCAUUACCUUCUAUAGUAUCAAAGAUGGGGGUCUGCAAAUUCUACAUACUUUCCACAAUGUUUUCUCAGAAAAACUGUACCCUGUAUUUUGGCUUGGAGAAGAUGUCAAUGUCAAACUCCACCAUGUGCAGAAUAAUCCUGAGGGUAAUGUGACUAAAUAAUCUAUCCAUGC